AAAUGAUGUAAAUAUAAGUCUUAAUGAAGAGGAUAUAAAUUUUAAAUUGCAAAUGCUAAUUCUAGGCACAUGCUUCAGAUUACCAGAAUUACAUAGAGAUGGCGAAAUUUUGAUGAGCCAAAUUCUAGAGACAAAGAGAAAAUCAAUCAAUUUUGAAUUUUGGAAAGUGGUUUUAAAUCAUUUAGUGAAAAAAUCUUUAAUCGAUAAUUCGGAUGAUUUAAACAUUCACCAAACUUGGGAAGUGUUUGUAGAUUGGAGGAACGAACAUUUCGGGUUUGAUAAAGACUUAUCGCGUGCAUUUUCUGUAUCUUCACCUACUCUCAAGACAACCACAAAACCAUCAACCAAGCAUUCACCGUCAUCCACUUCUUUAAAUCAAGCAUCAGUUUCAUCAGAACAAAGUAUUACUAUAAAACUACCACAUCCUCCAUAUCGCGUGAAAGAUAUCGAAGUUGGCUAUAUUUAUAUCAAAUAUUUAAUUCGUAAGAAGGAAUUUACACUAUUUAAAGAAGUUCUAAACCAUUUAGUUUUAAAUUUCCAUUCACUUUCAUCGCCAAUUACUCUUGAUCAUAAGUCAACAAAUCCUUCAAUAGACAUUUCGCUUCUUGACAUUAAUGUAUUAGAAGAAUUCGCAUAUAUAUCUUGGAAACAAAAUAAUUUUGAUAAUUUAAGAUGGUUACAAAAAAAUAUUAUCGAUAGAGUCAACAUAGAUUCUUAUUUGAAUCCACCUGCAAAUUCAGUCCUAAAUUACAACGUAGACAAUGCUAAAUUAGAAAGUUUUAAAACUCUUUCAAGAUGGUUAAAAAAUUGUAUGAAAAUGUCGACUAGUAAAGAUAAUUCACCUUCUUCAUCCACACAAGCGAUAUUUAAAAGUUUAACUCAUCUUGCAAACAUUACUAACAGAAAAUCGCCUAGGAAAUAA